AUGGCGGAUUCUCACGAGUCACAGGGUCCCCUUAUCGUUGGAAUCGCUGUUGGCUUCGUUGUUGCCUCUGUUACAAUCAUACUGCUACGGCUCUACGCACGCAGCGGUACGUCGAAUCUUUCGUUUAGUGUCCUUCAGGUUCAAGGACAAUUCGGUGAGCCUAUAGAGCUGACGUUUUUCAAGGGCAUUUCCGUUGUCAACGCGGUGUCAACUGUAUUUGAGACGAAACACGGCAUGGGCAGACACAAGGAAGACGUGUCAGCAGAGGACAGCAUAGAACAGCUGAAGUACUUGUACGUCGCCAUUCUCCAUUACAAUUUGGGCAUGAAUAUCGUCAAAGUAUCGUUCCUAUUCCAAUAUCGCCGCAUCUUCCAGUCGUCGAGGGUUCAAAAAGUCUGCUCCUGGGUGAUCAUCGGCGUCAUCCUCUGGGCUUGCAUCCAGGCCACUCUCCUCGGCAUCUCGUGUCUACCCAUCUCCGCCCUCGUACCCAGCACAGCAGGUUGGUGUCUGGACACGCUGCCGGUCUGGUACCUUUCGUCAGCCAUGAGCAUCGCCACAGACGUUGUCAUAUUUUGCAUCCCGCUUCCCUCGGUCAUGAAGCUCCAACUACCUGUCAAGCAGAAGAUCAUGGUUAUACUCAUCUUCUGUUUGGGAUUCUUUGUUUGCAUCAUCUCCGUCUAUCGCAUGUGCACCCUCCGUGAGGCUGUUAACAGUGAUGAUCCGCCAUGGGACGGCGCCGGUGCCGCCAUUUGGUCCGUCAUCGAACUGAAUUGCGCCAUCAUCUGCGCCUCGCUGCCCACUCUACGGCCCUUGCUAGCAAAGGUCAUCCCUGGCAUGUCAUCUAACCACAGUAAAUAUCCAAGUAACUAUGCCAGUUACGAGCGCUACGGGUCGCAUCAUGUUCCUGGCUCCAACUCGCGAAAGGGCGCUCACGUCUCUGUCAAGAAGUCUAGAAGAGGUCCGCGAAGCAUCAGCACUGAGGAGCUGGCUCUGAAUGACAUGUUCUCGAGUAUCCAGGGCGGUAUGCCCAGUGUAUAUGUGGAGAGCAGAGGCGAGAAUCCGGCGCACGACCAUCCGGAGCAGAUUGUGGUAACGAAAGAGACGUUGGUGAGCACCCAGAGCAAACCCUAG